CACACGUGGGUCCUAGUGCACGCACGUGGGUCCUCGUGCAUUCGUGGGUCCUCGUGUAUUCACGGGUCCUCGUGCAUUCACGGGACCUCGUGCACGCAUGGGUCCUCGUGCACACACGGGGUUCUUGUGCACGCACAUAGGUCCUUGUGCAUUCACAGCCCUCGUGCACACACAGGUCCUCAUGCACACCUGGGUCCUCGUGUGUUCACAGCUGUCAUGCACGCCUGGGUCCUCAUGGACACAUGAGUCCUCAUGCACACACAGUUCCUCGUGCACGGGUGGAUCCUUGUGCACACAUGAGUCCUCGUGUACAUGUGGGUCUUGGUGCCCUUGCAGUGCCUCGUGCACAGGUGGGUCCUGGUGUAUGCACGGUCCUCGUGGUUUCUCAUGUAGAGGUUGGUCAUCGUGCAUUGAUGGCUCUCGUGCACACCUGGGUCCUCGUGUGCGUGUGGGCCAUCGUGUAUUCACGACCCUCAUGUGCAUAUGGGUCCUCAUGCCUUCACGGCCCACGUGCACACCUGGAUCCUCGUGCGCUCACAGCCCUUGUGCGUGUGUGGGUCCUUGUGCACACCUGGGUCUUUGUGCACACAAGUCCUCGCAUACACACAGGUCCUCGUGCACAUGUAGUUCCUCAUGUGCGUAUGGGUCCUCGUGCGUUCACGGCCCUCGUGCACAUCCAAGUGUGCUCUUGUGUGUACACGUGGGUCUCGUGCAUGCACAGUCCUUGUGCUGCCGUGGCCUGUGUGGACCUUGUGUGUACACGGCCCUCGUGCACGGCCGCCAUGCGCACGUGGGGUCCCGUGGACAGCCCUCGUGCACACAUGGCCCUCGUGCACCCCCCGCCCCACGGCGCCGUGGCGGGCACCUGCGUUGCCGUGUACACGUGUGUGUGAUGGGACACAUAGGUGAGCACAUGGGGAGGUGGAGGCACACGCGUGUGCAAGCCACAUGCAUACAGCAGCACACACAUGAGUGCACACACACCCGUGCAAGGGCACACACGUGGGAGGUGAAUCCCCACCAACACUCACAUGUGAGUGUGCAUGUGCACUGGCAACGCACGUGCACAUGGGAGCACACGCACACGGGAGUACAUGGAUAUGUGGGCUCUUGCACACAUGAGCAUGUGGGCACUGCACGAGCUGGCGUCCACACGUGUGCACGCUCACGUGUAUGUGCAAAUGCACGGUCAUGUGAACACGUGUGCACAUGCAACUUGUGUGCAAAUGCACGACCAGGUGAACGUGCACCCACACACGUGUGCGCGCCGCAGACUUAACACAUGUGCACGCGCAUGGCUGCAUGAACAUGCGUGUGCACACCUCAACCUCACGCACAUGCGUGCAAACGCACAGGUGUGUAAACAUGCACUCACACGUGUGUGCACCCCUUGAACUCGGCGUGUGCAGACAUGAACAUGCGUGCGCACAAGUUCACACGUGCAUGGCCAUGUGCAGCCACGCGCACACGCCUGUGCGUGCCUCCAGCUCACACACCCGUGUGCAAGCACACUGCCACGUGUGCACACACCCACACGUGCAAGCACGCACCCGUGUGCGCACCCACAGCCCCCGCACACGUGUGUGCGCACCCGUAGCCCCCCCGCGCACGCGUGUGCUCGCCACAGCCCCUCCGCACACGUGUGUGCAGGCAGUGCCGCUGGCCCACACAUGUGUGCGACACAUGGGGUCUCCCCUUGCACACGCGUGUGUGCAUAUGCCCCAGGCAGGGGGGGGUCAGGUCAGGCUGGAGCCCCCCAGAGCUUUGGGGGGGCAGAUGCCUGGGUGCCUUUGGGGGGGGGGGGGGGGUCAGAAUAGGGGACCCAGACACCUGGGUCCCCUAAGGAGGGGUCGGGGGGGGACACACCCGGGGUGACAUCACGCCCCCCCCACAGUGGGGUCCCCAGCCUGGCCCGGCCACCACGGGGGGGGGCCACCACGUCCCCCCAUCCCCCCCAACCCACCCCCCGGCACAGAGACCCCCGCUGUAGGGGAGGGGGG